AUGGAGCACCAGUCCAUCAUCGCCCAGGUUAGCAGGGAGGAGGGGAGCGCUCCGCUGCAGGAGAAAGGUACCCAGGUCCCCACCAAGAAGCCUCGGAGCCGCAGCAUUCUCCAGUCCCUGUUCUGCUGCCUGUGCUGUGAUGAAGGGGAGCCCUGUGCCAGCACCACCAGUGCCCCACUGCUGGUGGAGGAGAAUGGGGCUCUGCCCAAGGCUGCUGUCAAACACCUCCUGCCUGAGAUCAAGCCACAGGAUGCCAGCAAGCUCUGUGUGGUCAUCGACCUGGAUGAGACACUGGUGCACAGCUCCUUCAAGCCAGUGAACAACGCUGACUUCAUCAUUCCCGUGGAAAUAGAUGGCAUCAUGCACCAGCCUCCCUCUGCCCCCUGCCCACAGGUGUACGUGCUCAAGCGGCCACACGUGGACGAGUUCCUGCAGCGCAUGGGCGAGCUGUUCGAGUGCGUGCUCUUCACCGCCAGCUUGGCCAAGUAUGCGGACCCCGUGGCUGAUCUGCUGGAUAAAUGGGGGGCUUUCCGGACACGGCUUUUCCGGGAAUCCUGUGUCUUCCAUCGUGGCAACUAUGUGAAGGACCUGAGCCGCUUGGGCCGCGAUUUGCGCCGCAUCAUCAUUGUGGACAACUCGCCUGCAUCCUACAUCUUCCACCCCGAUAACGCUGUGCCUGUGGCCUCCUGGUUCGAUAACAUGGCGGACACAGAGCUGCUGGACCUGCUGCCCUUCUUCGAGAGGCUCAGCAAGGUGGAGGAUGUGUACGCAGUGCUCAAGAAGCAACGGACUAACAGCUAGUGCCCCCCCUCCUCCCCCAAAGGUGCUGCCUGUGUGGGGGGCACUGCUGUGGCAGCCAGGUGCCUUAUUUUAGGGGCAAACGGGGUCCUGAUGUGCCCCCUGCUGUUGUCCUUCUCAGCCCUGGUGGGCACGAAUGCCUGCUGGUGGUGGAAGAUGUAGGUGCCCGUGCUGAGGAGCUGAGUGUCCCCCUUUCUGUGGAGGAGGGGGUACAUGUGUGACCCACUGCCUUGCUGUGCUGGGGAACUGUUGAGGGGUGGUCUCAACCUCCCUUACUGUCUCAUCCCCAUCC